AUGCAAUACGUACGAAACCUGAGCGACUCCGUGUCGACGGCAUGGAACUCUAUAAAUCCAGCUACUCUUAGCGGUGCUAUCGACGUAAUCGUGGUCGAGUUUCGCGUCAAUGGCACAAAGCAAGACUACUCCAUGAAGCUUGGAGAAGGCGGCGAGGCCUUCUUCGUCUUUGAGACGACAGAUACAAUUCCCGCCUCCCUGCAAACCUCGCCCAUCAGCUCUCCAGCUUCCACCCAAAUCCAGGCGCCCACAGUCUACCUUUACACGAACCCACCUGCCGUGCAUAGCCAUGGCAUCUUAACAACCCUGCCCCAUUCGGCAAGCUUCACCGAUCGCGAAACAAAAACGAGACCGUGGAGUGGUGACUUUUCGAGUCUGCAGAGGGAAGCUCUCCGGCGAUCCGAGUCCGAGCCCGAUGCCACAGAUGCGAGAGGGGCCGAUAGCCCGGAAUUGUCCGCCGAUCGCUCGCCUAGCCCACCGCCUUUACCCCUGGAGGAUGCCGUGGCCCGCGCGAAUGCUCUGGCAAAGGAGCUUUCCGCCGUAAACAUACCCAGCCACAUCACUGAGGACGGUGAUCUGAUGCUCGAUCUAGCCGCGAUGAAAGGCACGGAAGAAGAUUCCUUUCGCGCCGAGAUCCUUGCCCGAAAGAUCCUAUCCGAGGAGCUUGAUGGUAACUACGACAUUGGUGCUCUUAUCGGCGUAGAUGAGAAUGGCAACAUCUGGAUAUACAGCAGAGGUGGAAUCGCCGCAGACGCAGCCUCAGACCCGGGUUAUCAUAGCGAUGGCAGCGACGCUACCACUGCCGCCCCGCCUCAUCUCCAUAGGCGCUCCGAAUCUGACAUCGGCCCCAUGCAGCGAGAUAGCCCACCCAUCACGCCGCCAGCCUCGGGAGGCAUCGGUAACCCCAAUAAGAACUAUGCCAAGACGCUUCGACUGACGAGCGACCAGCUAAAGGAUCUUAGUCUGAACCCCGGCCAGAACGUCAUGAGCUUUACCGUCAACCGUUCAACCUGCCAGGCAAACAUGUACCUGUGGAAGCACGACGUUCCUGUCGUUAUCUCCGAUAUUGAUGGAACCAUUACCAAGUCCGACGCUCUAGGCCACGUCUUGAACAUGAUUGGCCGAGAUUGA